AUGGCUUCCAUUUUUUUUUUUUUUUUUUUUUUUUUUGCAUCACAGGCGGGCGCCUCUUGCAUCGUCGGCAUUGACAACUCUGAGAUUGUCUACACAGCCAUGGACAUUGUCAGGAAAAACAAUGUAAAGAACGUUGAGCUGGUGAAGGGACGGCUGGAGGACACCGAAUUGCCCGAGGCCAAGUACGACAUCAUCAUUUCCGAAUGGAUGGGCUACUUUUUGCUGUACGAGUCCAUGCUGGAUAGCAUCAUCUAUGCCCGCGAGCAUCAUCUUAAUCCCAAUGGCAUCAUUCUGCCCAAUCGAUGCUCGCUUAGCCUGAUGGGCUAUGGCAAUGACAAGCUCUAUGCCGAGCAAGUGGAGUUCUGGUCCGAUGUGUAUGGCGUCAAUAUGCGCGACCUGGCCAAACGCUCCCAAACGGUGGAUCCCCGGUACGUGCUGACAGCGGCCGAGCAAAUAGACAAUUUCGAUAUGAUGACCGUCGAUCUGAAUUAUUCCCACUUUACGUACGAGUUCAGCCUGAAAUGCACACAGGCGGGUCGGUUGUCAGCCUUUGUGGGUUUCUUUGAUACGUUCUUUGAGCUGCCACGCGAGGUCAUGUUCAGCACAUCGCCCUAUCACACGACCACGCACUGGAAACAGACUGUGUUCUUCAUUGAUCAGCCACAGGAAGUGAGCUGGGGCGAUGUCAUUAAAGGGAAAAUCAUCUCAAGACGAAACACCACCGAUGUCAGGGCCUUGAAUGUAGAGAUUCAGGUCUUUGGGAAGACCUAUAAAUACACCGUGGACUAAAUUUGAAUUUGAUAUUCGAAAAACUGCAAUAUAUUGCCUUUUACAAUAUGUUUCUUUUAAGACCGGUUUUAAUUAAAGAUUCGUACAACAUACGUUUGCUUUUGA